AUGUAAAAGUAGCAACCUUAAUUAGAAAAAUCAAAUUAAAAGCCUCAAAUAAAGAAAGCAAAUAGUUUUGAUGAUGAAGAUAAAUUAGAAGUACAUUUAACUAUGAAAUUAGAUAAUAAAAUUGGGUUACGGAAUAAAUGAAGCCUUAAAAUUAGACAUUUUAGAAUACUAUAAAGCAAGCAGAUAAUAAUAAGAAUUCAAAAAUCCCGCAGAUUUUGUUAAACAUAGAUUAGAUAAUAAGUAUGGACCGUAUUGGUUUGUAUUUAUGUGGGAUCGUAGAGAGGAUUUGAAUGCUUAAUUCAGUUAUUAUAAUACAGAUGACAAAGUCUUUGAAUUUGAAGUAUAAGUUAAUACUAUUUUGUUAAGUAAAAUGGAUGGCAUAUGUUAAUAUAUUCUUUCAAUCAAGCACCAUAACCUGUAAAAUAUUAACCUUAAUCGAGUGGUUAAACAUUGCCAUAAUUUAAUAUGUAUUUAGUUAUAUAAAUGAUAGGCAAUAAAAUAUGCAAUCUUAUGAUCAUAAUUAUUACUAAUAAGAACAAUAAUUUAAUGGACUAUCAAAAUGGUAAUACUGA